UCUCCACUAAUCAGAUCAAACUACAGCCCAAAUAUACCAUAAUUAAUGUUACUAGUGAACUAGUGAUCCUAAGACCUCAGUUACACAUCUGCAAUUCUUAUUUCCUAUAUCCUCUUGUAUAUUUUCUUUUUGUAUCUGUCAUCUAUCACAAGACUGACUAGUAAAUUUAAUAUUUGAUUGUACUAAGCAGAGAGAUUCACAGUGGAUGGACUGAAACUAAGAUGAAAUACUGUGUGAACAGAAACUAUAACCAGCAAAAACCAUGGGUGGGGGUGACGCCCAUUAGAUCGUUAAUGGGCCUAUAUUUGAUUAGGUUCCUACCUUAUCCUCUCCGACCGAAUUUCAAGAUAUUUUGUAUUUUUUUAAAAAGAAGAAUAAUAAUUUAAACUUUGUACGAGUCGCCAACGGAUUGGACACGAAAAAGAAAGUCAAAUAAAGCCAACAGUAACGCGUCAACACGUGGACGGCGGAUUACUCAAAACCACGUCAGGUACGGCUCCAAACCUACCCACUUGUCUCUCACAAAUAAUUCCGCCUCGGAGCUAACGAACCUGAGACUCGUCACCGAACCUCGCUUUAUAUAAUUAAAACUCUCUUCCCCUCAUCUCUCGUCACAUCGUAUUUGAUCCUUAUCAACUUCAACAAGUUGCAGAUAUUUUUCUACGCCCAAAGAUCUAAAAGAUCAGAUUUAAAAAGCAAAUGGCGAUGGUAUCAGGAAGACGUUCAACUCUAAACCCCAACGCACCACUCUUCGUCCCAGCAGCCGUUAGACAAGUGGAAGAUUUCUCCCCCGAAUGGUGGCAGUUGGUGACAACCUCCACUUGGUACCAUGACUACUGGAUCAGCCAGCACCAAGGAGCUGACGGAUUCUACGACAACGGAGAGAAUCAUGAAGUCGACGUAGCUGAUCUCCUCCCAGAAUCUUUUGAUUUCGAUGACAUGGAAGAUGUCUUCGAAACCGAGUUUGAUCAUCAAGGAUACGGUGGACAACUAAUGUAUCAACCACCUUCUGACUUUGGUUUUGGGAAGAAUGGUGAGAUGGUGAGGAAGUCGAGUGGGAACAGGAGUCCUAAGUCGAUUGUUGAACCGGCUAAGUAUGCUGAGAAGCCAGCGAAAUGGGGAAACCAGAAGGUUGCUCCACGAAACAUUCACCAGCCUCGUUGAAGUGGAGUUGUGUUGACUAGUCUCAGAGUAUGUUGUAUCUUUUAGCCCCCCACUGUACCUUUGUAAUUUUUAGUAUUUGCUGCUUUCCACAAGAGAGAGAACCUGUAACUUCUCUGUACCUUUAUGAUGUUCAGUCUCAAAACUUGUUAUUACUAAAAAAAAGUGUAAAAACAUAAAAAUUGUAAACUUGGAAGAGUAAUGAGAAGUAAAAGUAUUUCACACAUAAACUCUGUAAAUUUAUUUGACCAAAGGAAGUAUAGUGCAUUUCUAGACAAAGCUUGUUCAAGCUUAUUGUAAGUUUGGUCUAUCUGCAUGUUGAAGUGCAUCAGAUUGACUCUCAUCACCAUGUAAAAGGUAAAACUCUCUUAUCGAGGUUAGGUACAGAUGCAAAGGGACAUGACCCAGGGAGUGUCAAAUGACAAUGUGUCAUCAUCAUCAGCCAAUUCAUACAAUCAUAUUACAACAAACUCAUCUUACAUGUCGGUUAUGAGACAGGCUCGACAGAGUGGAUGGGAUGCUUUGUAUGCAGUAAAUUCGGCAGCGACUGGUUAAUGAAGUGUCUCAUGAAUCAACAACUUGAGCUUCAAGUUUCUCAGUUUUUGUUGAGUUGCAUUGUGAUUUCAACUCAAGAACGUCACUGUUUAGCCUGUGGAAUUUCACUAUCUUAAUUUCUUAUUCUUUCAAUCAUACAUCGCCAGAAAUGCUCCCGUGUGGCUACAUCGUCUACUCACCUUGGAAGCUCAGCAUUAAGGUGCAUUGGUGAGAUUCUUUUCGAUUUUGUCUGGUGUCUACUGACAUUUCCAUCUAUCUCUUGUAUUUCAUAUUAUAUCACCGUGAACAAUCAUGUACUUUUCAAAUCUAAUAGUG